AUGAGUCCAGCAAUCAACUAUCGCGAACAAUUCGUCCGUGCAGACACCAACCGUAAUGGAUACAUUGACGAUCGAGAAUUCCGAACAUUUCUUGGCCCAAUCAAGUCCAAUCAAACACCACAAUUUACGAAAGAAGAUGAAGCUUCUUGGAAUGCCACUCCAGUCGUAGAAUCCGUGUCUUAUGAAAUCAGUUACGAUGUUGCCUACUAUGGUUUCGUCGAAGAUCCAUAUAAAUAUGAAGUUCGUAUGAAAAGUUCAGCUAAGCCAUAUUCUCAUUCGUACCGUAUUGGACCCGACGUGGGAAUUGGUGCACCAAAUAUUGCACACAAAGUCAAAGUGUACGAUCCAGCUGGUGCAAUGUUUUAUUUUGCUGAUUUCAAUCAUGACAUGCAACUCGAUGAAACCGAAUUCAACUACCUAAUGAAUUCAAUUUAG